AUGGUCGACGAAACAGGGAGCAGCUCACCGUUGCUAGCGCAUCUCAGCACGGGUCAGAAGCGCGUCUUUCACUUGCUCGACGGGGGAAGUUCUGAUCACUCAGCAGAAGAGCGAAUGCGAGAAGAUGAGGCGCACCAUCGUGAUCGAAAAGCGAAGGCGGCGCGUCGCGACGCGAACAACUCCGAUUCUCACAGUGAUGUGACCGACUUAGAUGAAGUCGAAGCGGAGGCAGAGCUGACUGGCGUCUCACCUUUACCUGUUGCCAAGGGCAAGGCCAAGGCUGAAGGGGGAUCAGAUGAUGAGGAUGGGGAGGCAGCACCUGGGGCUGCUACCGUCGAGUGCAUGUGGGAGCAUUGCGGCAAGCACUUCACCGCGCUGAACGCACUCAUCGACCAUCUGCACACGGAUCAUAUUGGAACGCACAAGGCCAGGUACACGUGCGAAUGGGUCGGAUGCCCGAGGAAAGGCAAGAAUCAGACAUCUCGCUUUGCGCUGCUGAGCCAUCUUCGAAGUCAUACAGGAGAGAAGCCUUUCACUUGCCCUUUACCAGAAUGCGACAAGUCAUUUACCCGAUCUGAUGCGCUGGCGAAGCACAUGCGCCUGCAGCACCAGAUGCUCCCAACGGGCACUCGGCGCGGAAAACCACGUCGUGCAGCGCGAAGCUCAAUCGUAAAAGCCGGCGAUGAUGACGGGGAAGAAGGCGAGGACAACGAUAUGGUCAGUCUGUCUGACUACGAGCCGAUCGACAAGCCGCCUGUUCGUCAUCAUCAAACCUUCACCGACGAGCAGCUCGGCAUUGAGCGUGAUCCAUUCGACGACGAGCAGGAUGAAAAGGUGCUCCUUUCAAUGCGUGAAAAAGGCGCUGAAGUCCUCAAGCAAUACUGGGAUGUCGGGACAGGCACAAUCGUACCAGAAGAAGAUGACCCAGAGACAGAUGAGGAGGACUUGGCGGCGGCAGCUGCUGCGGCAGCGACUGAGCAUUCGCACAAUACGCGGCGAAAUUCGAAGCGCUUCAAGCCGAGUCCGAUGGACUUGAUCACAAAUAGCAUGCCUGGCCCAGGCAGUGGCACCGCCGGCGCCGCCUCUCCAAAGGAGAAAUUGGAACCUACGCCGGAUCAGAGGUACAAGAAGCUCUACCUGAUCGAAAAGGCCAAGAUGAAGUUCUUGCAAGCGGAGAAUGCCGAGAUCCGCAAGGAGAUCAAGGAGUUGCUGCAAGAGGAGGCGAAGGCUAGUGCGCAGAAGACGGACGUGCUGGAAGAAGUCCUUACGUUGGAACUAGGCCAAGAUGUCGAUGCGAUCUUCUCCCCGCGAGGGACGCCGGUCCCAAUGCCGACUUAUACCGAACUGAGAGGUCCGCCCCCGCCUCUUUGA